AUGGCUGAAGAGAAUAUACCCACCUUCAAGCUCGUCCUUGUCGGAGACGGUGGUACUGGAAAGACCACCUUCGUCAAGCGUCAUCUUACUGGUGAAUUCGAGAAGAAAUACAUUGCCACUCUCGGUGUCGAGGUCCACCCGCUCAAAUUCCAAACCAACUUGGGCUCCAUUCAAUUCGAUGUUUGGGAUACUGCCGGUCAAGAGAAGUUCGGCGGUCUCCGAGACGGCUACUACAUCAACGGCCAGUGUGGUAUCAUCAUGUUCGAUGUCACCUCCCGUAUCACCUACAAGAACGUCCCAUCCUGGCACCGUGAUCUCGUCCGUGUCUGCGAGAACGUCCCAAUUGUUCUCUGCGGAAACAAAGUCGAUGUCAAGGAGCGCAAGGUGAAGGCCAAGACCAUCACUUUCCACCGCAAGAAGAACCUUCAGUACUACGACAUCUCCGCUAAAUCCAACUACAACUUUGAGAAGCCAUUCUUGUGGUUGGCCAGAAAGCUUGUCGGAAACCAGGGUUUGGAUUUCGCCGCCAGUAUUGCCCUUGCUCCUCCAGAGGUCACUGUCGACCACGCAGAGCUCAAGAGACAAGAACAGGAAAUGCAGGUGGCCGCUUCCAUGCCUCUGCCAGACGAAGAGGACGCCGAUCUUUAA